UUUUUCUUUGUAGAAAUAAAUAAUUUCCAUGUUCAUCACCCCCGCCUUCCAUAACCUCUCAAAUUCCUUAAACCAUAAUUUCUUAGAAUCAAAACAAAAAAUUCAACUUUCCCAAAUCGUAUUCAUUUUAAAGCGGUUCUCAAAAUUUCCAAAAAUCUUCAAGAUUUUGUUUCAAUAACAUGUUCUUAGGUUUCACAAACGUGCUCUGUUUUUCCAUCAAAAAACAGAGGAACCAAUUUCAAAAUCUAUCUCGACGAUGAAGCUUUUAUCAAAUACCCAAUUUUAUUUUCUUAAUAACGAAGAUUUUUGCAACGUUUUUGUAGUUAUUUUCAAAACUUUGUUGAUCUUCUUAUGUGGUCUGUUCCCAUUCUUCCUCCGAUACUUCAAAUACUUCAAGGCCUCCGAUGAGAAACAGCCUGAAGAUCCCUUUUCAGCUUUGACCUUCCGGUUUCCAACUUAUGAAGAAUUUCUGAAAACUAAAGAGAAUGUUGAUUCAAACGAGGAAGAUUUUCUUGAACAACACUGCUCGAUGCCUUCGAGUUCUGCUCCAGAUUUCUUUCUUCAUUCUAGAGAAGGGUCAGAAAAUUUGUCUCCAAAUGAUUUGGAUUGCACCAAUGAUGUCGGAAUCGAAGACGAGUAUGUUGAUUCUAUCAAAACAAAUAAAUUUGAAAACGAGGAAGACUCAGAAGUUGAUGAGCUUAUAAAACCUUUGCAAAUCCAUAAUAUGAAAGCCAAAGCCAACGAGAAAGAUUUUGUUGAACAACACAGCUCGAUUCCUUCGCGUCCUGCUCCAAAUUCCUUUCUUCAUUCUAGAGAAAGGUCAGAAAAUUUGUCUCCAAAUUAUUUGGAUUGCACCAAAGGUGAUUUUGUUGAUUCUAUCAAAACAAAUAAGUUUGAAAAGGAGGAAGACUCAGAAGAUGAUGACUUUAUAAAAGCUUUGCAAAUUCAGAUUAUGAAAGCCAAAGCUAAAUCUGUGCUGCCAUCAAUUCCCGAAGAAACAGAUUACUCAAUAACAACAAAUGAAAACGAUUUAAAGCCAUGGAAGAAGAAACAAGAAAGCUUCAACCACAGAGAUUUAACAAAAGAACUCCAUAGAUUCCACAAGCAAUACACAGAAAAGAUGCGAAAAUACGACAUUUUAAAUCGUCAAAAAACGUACGCAAAAGAGUUGAAGAUGAUGCAAUCGAAGGAGUCGGUGGAAUCUGUUUCAACAAAGGGGUUUUGUGUGUGUAAGGGAGAGAAGAAAACAGAAGAAGACAAAGGAAUUGAUGGAGAAAUGGAGAUGGUGUAUGUGGUGCAAUUAUGGGUUUCUUGGGAGUUCAUAGUGUGGGAAUAUAAGAAAGCUUUGGAGAUUUAUGGGAGAGAAGACUAUGGAAGUUGUAGAUUCAAUGAAGUUGCAGAGAAAUUUGAGCAUUUUAAAGUGAUGAUACAGAGAUUUAUGGAGAAUGAAAAGAUUGAAGAAGGGUCGAGAGUUGAAUGUUAUGUUAAAAGUCGACUUGUUAGGAGAAAGUUUCUUCAAGUUCCUCUUCUCAAAGAAGAUGAAGUGAAAGAAGGAGGGUUCAAAGAAGAUAACAAGGAAAAUGCAGUUACAAUUGAUAGACUUAUUGAUAUACUACAAGAAUCGAUAAGAAUCUUAUGGCAGUUCAUUCGAAAGGACAAACUUGUUCAUAUCUCGACUAAUUUAACGUGUCAUUUAGAAACGAAACAAGAAUUUGCAAGUCCUUCACAUUCCAACGUUCAAACACAACUUCUCGUAGAUCUCCAAAAAAAAGAGAGAAAAUUGAAGAAGAUAGUAAAGAGAAGAAAGUGCAUGUUGAAGAAUUGCAAAGAGGAAUUGGAAGAAGAUGAAGAAAUUGAUGAUGAACUUUGCUUCUUAACAAUGGUGGAUUUGAAGUUGGUGUCAAGGAUGUUAAAUAUGAAGAAGAUUACAAGAAAACAACUAAGUUGGUGUCAACAUAAAUUGAGUUGCAUUACUUUUCCAAAUGGGAAGAUUAAAAUACACCCUUCUUCAUUUCUCUUUUCUUCCUCAUAAUUUUUUGUUUUGUUUUUUUUUAUCAAUAAAUUCAAGUUCAUGGCAUUUAUGUUUGAAUUGUAAAAAGAAAAUUGGCUUCAAGAGAAAGUAAUAAAAACUUAAAAGGGUAAAUUUUCGUUGGAAUGCCUUAAAUUUC